GAACCGCACAGCGGGAGAACAGCCGCCGUGAGGAAGAGGACGCUGCGGCAGCGCGGGUUGUCUGUUACCGGAGCCGUUCUGCACUCACUGUUAAAGCCGUUACGGAAGCACAUGAAGGAGCCCGGAUAACAUUUCUGUGAUCGGUUAUUAUACACGUCGCUUCUACAUAAUUGGGUAAGGGGAGAUGUCCUAUUAUUCGUCGUCCCGGAGUUCAUCUCGGGCCACUGACUGUAAAGUGUAUGUUGGGGACCUCGGCAAUGGUGCCGCCAAAGGGGAGCUGGAGCGAGCAUUCAGUUAUUAUGGCCCUCUAAGAACCGUCUGGGUGGCCAGGAACCCCCCCGGCUUUGCCUUCGUGGAGUUUGAGGAUGCCAGAGAUGCAGAAGAUGCUGUUAAAGGCAUGGAUGGAAAGGUCCUGUGUGGUUCCCGUGUUCGUGUGGAGCUGUCCACUGGCCUCUCCAGGAAGGGUCGUGGGCGGCCCAGCCGUCGCCAGUUUGACCCCAAUGAUCGGUGUUACCAGUGUGGGGACCGGGGCCACUACGCCUACGACUGCUACCGCUACAGCAAGAGAGGUGGUGGCGGCGGCGGUGGUGGUGGUGGUGGUGGCCGCAGCAGGUCCCGGUCUCGUUCGCGAUCUCGGUCCAGGUCCCGCGGGCGCCGCUACCGCUCUCGUUCUCGCAGCCGUAGCCGCAGCUACAGCCGGAGCCGCCGCCGAUCUCCCUCUUACUCCAGACGCAGAAGCAGAUCUGGCUCCCAAGCCCGGUCCAAGUCCAGGACUCCCGCUAGAAGUCGCUCUAGGUCCCGGUCUCGGUCUGGCUCUGCGCCCAGAGGACGCUCUGCCUCACGAUCCCGCUCUCGAUCACCGUCAGCAAACCACAAGAGGACCAGUCGCUCCCGUUCAGCGAGUGCACACCGAAGUCCUACACCUGCAGAUGACUGACUGAUGAAGACUUAGUCCCCCAGCACUUCCUGAACGUAUAUCCCCUCAGCCUCUGCAUUCUGUCUGCUUUUACAGCCCUGCAGACGCCGUUUACUUCCAUAAUUACACGUUUGUUGUUGUUGUUGUUUUCUACCCCAGGCUUGAAAUCUUUAGUUGUUGGAGCACACAGAAAUGUAAAGGAUUGUUUCAGAUGCUGCGAGUAAAGGUCGGAAGCAAAAAUAUUUACAGCAUUUUACUUUUAGCAGUAAUAAUUAAAGCUCAUCCACCGAUUGCAGCCGAAUUGAAAUUUUAUUACCUAAAAGAAACCGCUCAAACGUCAGGAUAUGUGCAGCAUUCCAAGUUAACGCUUGGUUUGUAAACAUAUUUUAGUUGUGACUAAAAGACUUGGUUCUUUCUGCAUGCCUUUAAAUUUAUUGUCCCAUUAUUUAGUUGUUGUUUUUUUUCUGCUACAUCUCCCUUUUUACAAACGAGUCAUGCUGCAGAGCUGAAUUAACCCCAUGUUUUUUUCAUGUUUCUGUUCCUCUGAUUUUAAAGUGAAAACAAGUGUUGAAGUUUGAGUCCUGCAGAGCUACUGUAACGAUUUUUUUCUGUUCUUGGGUAAAUCAUUUGACAUGGCAGUUUGAAUUUUGAAUAAACUUCUUCAACAUGA